AUGGACCGCGCUCGCCGCCCAACAACAAACCGCCGCAAGCCUCAGGGAGUUUCUUCGUCUCCUGCGUCUGGUUCAGACGCUUCUUUUGAGCGCAACCAGUCGUCCGCCAGUCCCAUCAUGGCGCAUGCCACUAACACUCCACAAACCGCACAGCAAAACCGGCGCGCCCAAAAGACUCUUCAGCCCGCUUUCACUUUCUCAACGCCAGGACCAACCACCCGGCCUUUGAAUCUGAGAAAGAGGUCAAAGACCAUGGAUGACUACAACAUGGCCGAAGAAGAUUAUGAAAACGACAGCCCCAAAAAGGGCGGUCACAGUCUGCGCAAACGCGCGCGUGUUGACUACACGUUUGAGCAGAUUGACGACGACAUUGACUUUUCAAGCGCCAUUUCAGGCCCAGCAUCAGCAUCUGCCUCUGCCCCUGCGACUCGUAAUAGGAGACGAAGGCCGGAUAGCAACAGCUACGAUUCUGAGGAUCUCUACAGUUCUGGGCUCAAGAGGAGAGGCGCCUCUGUUGAUGCUGACACGCCGUCCAGCCGGCGCCGCAAUCCCGCCAGAAAGACGUCCGAGGCGAGAGCCUACAGGGACGAGUACGACGACGACGAAAACAACGUCCAGGACACCAUCGAGGUGGGCGUGCUGUAUUCCGACUCUGAAAAGUCCGACAGCGCUCACAUGGACAUCUCCAAUGCUUCAUCGACGGACCUGUCCGUUGAUGCCCCACAAAAACCUACACCAGCCCUUUCAGGCUCUCAGCACCACGACGGCGACCUCAAGUCUGCCGACCAUGCCGCAGCGCAGGCCACAGCAAAUCCGGGUUUGAAGCAGCCUGUUUAUCCGACUGCCAAUGCUGCUGAUUCUGCUGCUGAUUCUGCUGCUAAUUCUGCUGCUGCCUCUGCUACUGGCCCUGCCUCUGCCUCUGCGGCCGCUGACACCAGCAUGCCCCAGCAGCAGUCUGACCGUGCGAGUCUACCCGAUUCGGCCGCACCAGCCUCACCCACUCAUGGGAACCCGGCUGAGCCACAGCCCAAGAUUCACGACGCCGACGCCACACGCACUUUUAGCGACGACAUGGCGGCACCACCUGAAAGCUACGCGGAUGAGCUCAAGUCUCCACGCAGCAGCACGCCGCAGACCUCUGGCAGCGCCGUCGUCAACAAUGAUCGUGAGGGAGAGCCCGGUGUGCAGCCUGUGCAGAUGCCGUCCACGCCCUCCACUCCGCCGCCGGCAAUGCAUGCGACCGCAGAGGCCAAUGACACGGCCUUGACACACGCGGCUGAGAAUGACACUCCCGCUGAAGAAACUGCAUGUGUUAAGCCUCUUAACCUACUUCCCGAACAGGCAAUUCCACAGGAAAACCCUGAGGCACCACCAGCAGGCGACUCACUUCCGCAGCCGCAGCCGCAGCCUCAGUCUCAGCAAGAGUCCCAGGCCCAGCCUCAACCACAAGAGCCGCCAUAUUAUCCUUCGGCAGCAGCGCACUUGAUUACACUCACUGCGCCAGCGGUGCCGCAGCCUAAGACUCAAGUACAGGCGGAAGAGGCACCCAAGCAGCAGACACCGGAGCAAGACUCCAAAGCACCCAGCCCUCCUCCCAUCACAGUCACUCCAGCCAAAGACGAAGCCAAUGGCGCCCUGGCGUCUCCAUCAAUAUCUGCUCUCGGCUCCACAACAUUGGACGCAUCCCAGUCAACGAGCACUGACACCACAUGCACCGAGCCACGCGUGUCAUGGCCCGAGGACGGUGCCGACGUUGCUGUCAGCCCACCAUUACCAGAGAUCCAAGUUCAGGUUGAAGCCACAGUCAUGAAGCCUGCAGAUCAAGCGCCGCCAUCCCAGCCCUCUGAGCGAGGCCCGUUUAAGCCACAGCCUCGACCUGAAGGCCGGUGGGCUCAUCUAACUCCAUAUAUUGAUGGAGAGUAUGUCGCGUAUCCCGAAAGGAAAGCUCAGCCAGAGGAUGAAGUCACUACCAGCGAGGACCAAACGGCUGAUGAUCGAGAGGCCAAUGACAUGGAGCCAAUGAUUGAUGACAACGACGACCUUCCGGAUGCUGCCGGGAUCGAGGCACCCACGCCCGCUCUCAACACACCCUUACGGGGCUCUCCUAUGCCCGAUUCAAUCGACCCCACUGCCUCUAAUUCUCCGGCUGCCGGUGGAGAUGACGGCGACGACGUUGAUGUUACUGAAGAGCCGCCCGAACGCAGUCGGUCAUUCCGCUAUCGCAAGCUCAGAGAUCCUAAUGAAUAUCUCGCCGCCCUUGAGAAUUUAGAGGAUAUGUCAACAGAGGAUCUUUACGAGGUCUUGGAAUCCAUCAACAUUUCACUUGUUCAAUGGCAAACCGAGUGGAACGGACUGGGCAAGAUUGUCGAUGACUACGAAAAUUCGCUUCGCCGGCGCGUGGCAGAUGUCAAAUAUGAGUCGCGAACACGCAACUUCCACCAGCAUGGCGUCAACUACGAAGAACCUGAAUUUGUUGUAAAGGGAUACAGGUCCAAGGACAGAGAGGGCAUGACUGAGACACGCUACCUGCAAAACCAGGAUCGAAUCAUGGCAGCCGCUUAUGGAUUUGAGUAUGACCCACAUCCAUCCAAGAUUGGCCGCCAGAACCCAGAGACACAGCAGGCAGGAAUCAUGACCAGGGGCCGUUCCCUGCGCAAUCAGCCAAAGCCUACAGCCAAGGCGACCGAGGCAGACGAAGUCACCGGCAAGCGACAACGGAAGCCCGUUCAAUUGUUCGAUCCGGCAACGCAGGAUGUUAGUCGCAGCUCAACACCCGUCCCAACCACCAGACCCAGACGGCGUAGGACUGCCAAUGCCGACAAUGAUGAAAGUCAGGUCUCAUUUGCUGCCAGUUUUAAUAGCGAGGCCAUCUCAGAGGACGAGGGUGGCGACGGCAGGAAGAGACGCAAUCGUGCAGCACGGCCCAAGGCAAAUGUCCCCAGCAUCGUCGAAGAGCUCGUGCCUGCUCCUCCAAGCGAAGAUUCCUCUGUGCGCGAAACACCAUCAAGAUCGGGCCGUAACAAGCGAGUCAAGCAGGCCCCCAAGUACGACGAGGACCCACUGGGCUACCACUUCGUUGAAGAAGAGCCGCCCAAGCGUCGCCAUCUGUUGACUCUCAAGAUCCCCAAGGGUAAGAACAUCAGUGAGCCGUCUUCUGCGAUUACAGACAACGGCGAUUCGCGGCCAUCGACAGCCGACUCGGAUUCCACUUCGCACACUGCCGAGUCGUCGUAUUCGUUCCGCCCCAAGCGACAGAAGCGAUUCCGCGACGACGCCGAAGAGAGCGAGGAAGCCUCUCAAGCUCCCACAAAGAAGAGGAACAAGCGCAUCAACGUAGCUCCCUCGGUCGGAGUAGAAGAAUUCCCUCCGAUGUUACCGGAGAUGCUCGAGCCAGAAGCGGCACUAGGACCCAAUCGCAAGAUUCAGAAGAUCAAAGUUGUUCGUACUACACCCGCGAGCCGCAAGGGCACACCAUCGUCGCUGCCCAACGGUGAAGAAGCUGAGGAGGCACCAAAGGACUACAAGAAUAUGACCAAGUCGGAGAAGAUGUCAGCGUCGAUGAAGAGUCGCUGGGCCAAUGGCAACAUGGCUGGUGCUGUGGAGAAGCGAAAAGCGACACUCGCUGCGAAAAAGGCCGCGCAGGCCGCGGCCGAGCAGAGGGUUGGGCUUAUCGCCCCCAAGCCCAAGAUGAAGACGGCCAAGAAGGAGCCGGUUGAGCACAAUCAGAUGCCGCCGCCCUUUGCCCCUCAACAACCACCACAGCACCUGCACGGAAUGGGAUACCCGUAUCCUCCAUCAUAG